AUGGCUCCAGCGGCGGCGGGGCGCUGUCACACCACGGUUCUCGCAGCGAACUGCCCCACACACCCCGUCUUCACACCCAGGGCACCGAGGGGGCAGGAGCGGCGACACUCAGUGGACGCCUUCCCUUCGCUGCCGCAAGCAGGAGCGGGACGAGGCGCCGCUCAGUGCCUCCGCCGCGGGGGCAUCCUCCGGCGGCGGUGUCCUUUGUUGCUGUUGCUCCGAGGGCGGACGGGCCGCACUUACGCUUCUCAACGCCCAGCAGCGGCGGGAUGCGACGGGACCCGACGGGGCCGUAGGGAAUACCACCCCGCCGCGGGACUGAAUAAUCCCCCUUUCGGACUCUCCAGUUGCCGAUGCAAUUGUAAGGCCGAAAACCCUGUACGAAGGCUACUCCUCUCCCCACUCCUGCCUGCUGCCAAGAGGGGAAAAUCCAGGAGGAGGAAGCGGGACGGGGUGUCAGCGGCGGGACCGUCGCAAGCCAGGUGGGCGAGGGAAAGUCUGCGAGGAAGACUGCCCUGCUUCCGGGCGUCGUCACGGGAAACUCCUUCUAGCAACGGCACCACUGCAAGCCUACUCCAGGCGGCCGCGCAUCGGGGAGCUGCGCGGCUCACCACGGUCCCCCAAGCCCCGUACAUCGCGACGGCAUCAUCAGUAGCAGCAUCCUCAUCCUCAUCGUCGUCGUCCCCCACCUCGUCCGCGCUGCCCGCCGCUCCUCGCCGAAUCGCGAUAAAGUUCUCCCCAGCUGAAGACUCCGAACCCGAGCGGCCGGAAACGCCGCCGACCUCCUUCCCUUCCCCCCCCCCCGCGCCGACCGAGGGAACGGGGAAGCCCGGGCAGCCCCGCGGGAGGCGCUUAGCGGGACAGGAGAGCGGCCGGAGCCGAACUGAAAACACCGCCCUCGCCCGCCCCGCUUACAUUAGCACGCGGUUUCACGCUCUGCCAGCUAACCAGCGCCUGGCCCCGCCCACCCCGCCGCGCCGGCAGGGGAGAGGAGAGGAGGCCACCGCCCCCGUCGUCCAAUUGCCAUCCUCAGUGACAACGUGGGGCUAUGAUGCGCCCCGGCCCCAUGGACCAAUAGCAACAGGCCAAGGCCUACCUCCUCUCAGCCUUUCGCUGGAAACCGUUUCUGGCUCUGCGGCAGGAGCGCUCCUGGCUAGCCAAUAGGAGGGCACGGAGCGCGUAGCGUCGCGGCAAUGAGGAAAGCAGGGUGGUGACUGUAUCUGGUUGAACCCAGAUAACAAGGACUGCUCCAAUGGACAUGGGAAGGACCACCAGCUGGGCCAGGGAGAUUGAAAAACUGCAUCUACUGUCACAGCUAAUUCAGCUAAUUGGUAUCUCUGAUAUGCAUCUCUUUACCUUAAUUUUGAUCCUAGGCCCUUAGUGGUGUAGCUGAUGGCUACAAUAUUUUCUGUUAACUGCACAAACAUAAAUUAUGCCCCAAAUUUUUUUGUAAGACAGAAAGAUAAAUUCUUCUGUUUGGGGCUAUCUGAUGUUCUGCUGACAAUGUCACACCAGCUGUACUUGUGUGCACAUUUGUGAAGAAUAUAGAUGUAAUUCGUGCCAGAAAACACAAUGUAAUGCCUGUUGGUGCACGACCUGCAAAUUAGCAUUACAGAAGAUAGGGAAAAAGGCCUGCUGGAGUGAUUCGGAGCCUGAGUAAGGACCCCCUAGGGAGGCAUGGAACAAUAGCAGGAGAGUGCGGAUUAACUUGAUAACGACCUGAAAGAUACCUCGUGCAAGAAACCGAGUUCAAAGUACAGAAGUGAAGAUAAGGAAAAUGAAAAGGAGAUCGCCACAUGGACAAUAUCGACCUGCAGAAUAACAUAAAAGGAACUGAGAACUCGGACUUAAGUGUGCGUUGUUGGUGGAGCGGAGACUCCCCAGCGCACCCAGCGCUGUUUGCUUCUAAUGCUUUCCCA